AGAGCAGCCGCAUGGCAUAGCCGCGCUGUGGGGUUCUGUCCGCCAACGGUUGGAUCCCGCUUCCUUCGGAAGAGGGAAUCGAGUUGUGCGCUCGGAGCGUGGGCGAUGGCAUGGGCGCCAACUGCGGCCGCCGUGCGCCGCGUCGCGAGCCGCGACUGGAGAAGGUGUUCCAGCGGGACUUCCCCAAGGAGUGGUCCACCGUGAGCACCCCCGACGGCCAGCACAUCCAGGUGAGGGCCCUUCAGAGCCAGCUGCGGCUGCAGGGGCUCGCAGAGGUUUCGACAGCACAUCCGCAGGGGCUGCUCCACUUUUACUUAACCUACUUGAGAGGCGACGCGGGAGGUCUGGCGGUUCGCCCCUCCAAAGUUCCCGACGCCGGCAGCGGCCUUUUCGCCACCCGCCGCUUCGCUCCCGGGGAGCUGCUCUGCGUCUACCGGGGCAAGUCCAUCCCUCUGGCGCAGGUCCUGAAAGGCAACGUCACGGAGCGUGACUACCUCAUGGGCGGCUUCGGCUUGUACAGCAUCGACGCCGCAGACUUCCCGGAGGUGCUGGCACGCUACAUCAACGACCACGCGGAGGCUUCCAGGCACAACGUGAAGUUCCUGAAGCUGAAGCGGGAGCGCAAGGCCCUGGCGGUAGCGCUUCGGGAGAUUGUGCCGGGGGAGGAGAUCUACGCCUUUUACGGGGAGGGCUUUUGGCGGGCCCGCGCAGGCUUGCGGGGCGAUGCCUGCGGCAAAGGCCCAAUGUUGGGAACUUGUGGCCAGCUCAGCGGCAGUGACGAAGCUUGCAAAUCUGAGAGCAGGCGCCGGGUGCUUGCUUCCCAGAACGGCCGGCAGGACUUGUCCGCCGAGGAGCUGGAGGCCAUGAUGGGAGAGCUGCUGGAGAGGUACAGGAACAGCACCUUCCAGGCGGCGCUCAAGCAGGCCUAUGCCGCCUGCGCGCGGCAGCGGCUUCCGCUGCAGGCGGCGCUGGGGCCUUUGGUGCUGCAAGUGCAGAAGCCCAUCCUGGAGAAGUACGGGCUGCCAGGCAGCCCGCAGGGCGUGGAGCUCAUGAAGCACGGCGUGCAGCGCCGCAUCUGCGAGGGCGCCCGGCGCCUGCAGGAUCUCGCCAACGCCGCCCGGGAGGCGCUGGGCAUCGAGCAGCUGCCGAGCCGCGAGGUCUCGGCGGAGGAGCAGCUGGCCAAGAGCGCGGACGACACGGCGGCACGCUUCGGCGCCACCAAAACGCAGCUUCGGGAUCAGUGCCUUGAGCUGCUGGACCAGGCCACGGCCAAAGGCACCCUGCCAAAGGCUUCGGCGAGGUUUCUACACGAGCUGCUGGACGAUGAGGCCGCGGUGCCCUCGGUGCUGUGCCUCUUCCGGAUGGCGCAGCUGGGGGUGGAAGCGCGGCUGCUGCGGGGCUCGGGCGUGCCCAAAGAGGUGCCAGUCCUGCAGGAGGCGCCGUGUGAGGAGUUGCGGUCCUAUGUGCUGUCCGGCACCCCGGUGGUGGUGCGGGGGGCCUUCGUUGCGGACAAAGGCUUUGGCCCCGCCAAAGCGCUGCCGGACUUUGACUUCUUGCGAAAGAAGUGCAGCCACCGGCGCGUCUUAGUCAAGAGCCUAGGUUUCCAGGACGCCUCGGGGCGUGCGCAGUUCAUGACCGAUCCCGAGCUGAAGCUGCCCUUUGCGGCGUACCUCGAUGCGGUGGAGGCCUGUGAGGAAGGCGGGCGGGCGAUGCCCUACUACAUGGGCAAGGUGCCGCUGCGCGCGGAGCUCCCCGAGCUGGCGGAGGAGGUGGAAGGGGCGAGCACCAGCCCGCAGAAGGAGUACGGCAGCUGCUUCGGCGAGCUCUUGCCGGAGGGGGUCUUCACCUACUUCGGCUGCGGCCGGAACUCCACCUCCGUGCACUACGACUGCCACGAGAAUCUGAUGGUAUGCCUUUGCGGGCAGAAGCGGCUUUGGCUGUACGCCCCGGGCGAUGCGAGAUAUGUCUACCCCAUCUCCAAGGACCGCGGUUCGAGCACAGACUUUUCGCGGUCCUCCAUCCUGCCCUUCCGGCGCUUCGGGGAGCUGAGCCCCAAGGACCAGGCCCGGUACCCGCUGCUCAGCGCCGCCGCGCCGCUGGAGAUCCAGGUAGGCCCUGGGGAUCUGCUCUACUUGCCCGCCUGCUGGUGGCAUUGUGUGGAGGGCUCCGAUGAUCGGAACAUCAUCCUGAAUUGGUGGUUCGCGUUGCACCCGGACAAGAAGCGCCGGGCCUUUCAAGAAGAUUCCACGCCAGGCGCGCCCGAACACACGGGAGGCUUCUACAUUUGCGGCGUGGAUGCCUUGCACGACGACAAGUACUUGCAUCAGCUAGGCAUCAAGUGCAUCCUGAACGCUGCCCAAGACCGGCUAUACUCAUUGCAGCCCCACCAUGGCCGGCAGGAGGGCAUCGAGCUGGCGAAGCUGCCGGAGCUCUUCGAGGUGAAGAUCGUCGGGGCGGACGACUGCGAGGAUUGCAACUUGAGCAUGCACUUUCAGGACAUCGCGGAUUUCAUCGAGGCAGGCCGCGCGAAAGGGGGGGUGGUGGUCCACUGCGCUGCCGGCGUGAGCCGCGCGUCCACGUCGUGCAUGGCGUAUCUGAUGAUGAAGGAGCACUGGAAGCUGGAGGCCGCCCACCGCAAGAUCCACGCGGUGAGGAACAUCGUGUGCCCCAACUCGGGCUUCUGGCGCCAACUCCGAGACCUUGAGGCCUCGCUGGAGGCCCAGGGCAUCGUCCUGCGGCCCUUGCCGGAGGAUUGGGUGCCACCCCCUCAGCCCACCCGCAAGGGAGAGGAGGAGAAGUUUGGUGCCACGGCGGACGAGACGAGAGCGUCCCUGUGGGGCCUGGACCGGGAUGUGAAGAGCGUGGAUUCCUUUCUGACCCAGCACCUGACAGCAAAGGUGACGCCCAAAGCAGGGAUCAAAACAGACGUUGUGGCGAAGGAUUUGGAGAAGCUGAAUGCGGCGUGCAUGAAGAUUGAGAGCUGCACGCAGGAGAGGGAGGUGCUGAUGCUGCGUGCGGCGCUGGUGCCCUCCAUGACCAGCGCAGGGCUGUGUGCCCUGCUGGGCAAAGUGCCCUCAGUGGCCCACGUGGAGUGCGAAUAA